AUGAUCAAAUCUACGCUACGCCGUAUACCUGGUAUUAUAGGUGCCAUCGAUGGGACCCACGUUCCUAUAAAGGCACCACCGCAUAAUCCUGUAGAUUAUUAUAACAGAAACAACUACCAUUCAGUAAUUUUGCAGGCUAUUUGUAAUGACAAAAGAGAAUUUAUAGAUAUUUUUGUUGGUGUAGCAGGAAGGGUCCACGAUGCUAGAGUAUUCAGACAAAGUCCUAUAUUCGCUUUGCUGUCCGGAAAUAAUCCUCCGAUAGAUGAAAAUCAACAUUUAUUGGGAGACAAUGCUUAUCCAUUGCUUCCAUUUCUCAUGAAGCCAUAUAGAGAUAAUGGACAUCUCACUCCUGAACAAACAAAAUUUAAUACAAUGCUAAGCUCAAUCAGAUGUCGUAUUGAACAAUGUUUUGGAUUAUUAAAAGGAAAAUGGAGGCGUUUAAAAUUCUUAGAUAUGUCCCGAAUUGACCUAAUACCUACAGUAAUUGUAGCAGCUUGUGUAUUGCAUAAUUUCGUUUUGAAUAAUGAAGAUUUCGAAUUCGAAGAUGGUGAAUAUGAGCAAGAUGAAGAUGAAAACGAAAAUAAUUUGCAAAUUUUCCAGGAAUUUGGAAUUGGAAUAGGAAAUCGAAAAAGGGAUUACAUAGCUUCAAUAUUGCAAUAA